ACUAGGCAUUUCAUCCUGCGGGUCUGCAGUCUUUGCUCUUCAGACUGUUGCUUGGUUGAAAUGCUUCUGCGGGACUGAUCCUGAGGUUGUGUAGAUAUUUCUCAAGGGCCUGCUCAUUUGAGGAUAUCAGCGGCAUUUUGCAAGAUCAUCUGAGGAACAGGAAAGCAUCUGAAAUCAACUGAAAAGCUUAACUGUAGCAGUUUUCACCAGGGAAGGAAACUAUAUUGGCACAGAGGCAGAUGAUUGAAUAAAGUAGUUGGCUCCGAGAAGAUGCACAGCUUUUUCCUCUGAAUGAAGACUGUUUAAUGGAAGCUGUAUUCAUGUAGAGAUCAAAGAGAAUACUAGAGUGAUAAACUACUUUCUUCCCUUCUCUUUUUAAAAUGAAAACCCUGAAGCAGUAAUUGGAGCUCAAAGGUCUUCUGAUUCUUUUGCUGUCUGCUUGUUCUAUUAGGAUUCUCCACUGACACCAUUUCUGCCUGGUGUCUGUGCCUUUUUACUGGGCUGCCAGAAAAAAACUGCCUGAUGGAGAAAGAAUGGAAGCUUUGCCUUGCCUAUGUUACUGAUGGGAUAAAGCUAUCUGUGUUUUGUCGGUUAUUGGGAAGUCUGGAUUAAUCAAUUUGUGUUCUCGUACCAGUAGUCCUAUUGUCUCUUGUGAUCUGACUCAUCACAUGUAAAUGUGCUGCAGCUUUGCUGCUAAUGCAGAGUACUGGUUUUUCUUUUUUUCUUUCUUUCCUAAUCACAGACUUGUCAGCCUCUGAGCCUCUUUUUCAGGUUUAUGCUCAAUUCUGUAUCUUUUUAUUUGUUUGUUUCCUGGAUGUUAUCUGCAUGAAGUCAGUGAAGCUGAGAAAAUGAAGACAAAUUAGAAGUGGAAACAGAAUAGUGAGAUUCUGGUUUUUGUUUUCAGCUACGGGCCGCCCAGCUUACUGGUAACUAUAUGACCUUGCGGACAAGAGUGGGGAUAUCUGUGACUGCUCUGUCACAGCAGUUGCUGCCAAUUUCAUUCUUUAUGGUGUUACCCAAAACAAUGAUUGUUUUGUACAAGUAAAUAUCAGCGCUCAAUGUAACUAUUUUGAUGGAAGAAAAUAUACUUAAAAGAACUAGUCCUAGACUGAGUUUUAAUUAUUGAGACAUUGAUGUGAAACUUUUUUAUAGACUGCAGUAACCUGGCAGAAAAAAAAGUAGGUUUUUGCUCUUUAAAACCAGCUGCACUGUUCAGAGAAUGUUUAUGAGUGGUAUACAGAAGAGGAGGAAAAACUACUUGUGCUCUUCCCACCGUGGCUUUUAUCACAUAGCUUGGAGUUUAAUGCUUUAAAAGGGCGAAUGAGUCGAGUGUGUAUUGUUGUUUUGGAGGAGAUAGAAGAUGAUUCUCCUAUAUUCAUUUCUAAAUUGCCCCAGGAAAGUAAAUCUCCACAUUCUCCACCUUCUGGAAAUGUGUUGCCAUCACUGGUGCAAGCUAUAUUUAAUGGUGAUCCAGAUGAAGUUCGAGCACUAAUAUUUAAGAAAGAAGAUGUUAACUUUCAGGACAAUGAGAAAAGAACUCCUUUGCAUGCCGCUGCCUAUCUUGGAGAUGCAGAAAUCAUUGAACUGCUUAUUUUAUCUGGAGCUAGAGUUAAUGCCAAAGACAGCAAAUGGUUGACACCUUUACACAGAGCAGUUGCGUCUUGUAGUGAGGAAGCAGUUCAGAUACUUUUGAAGCAUUCUGCCGAUGUUAAUGCUCGAGACAAAAAUUGGCAGACCCCUUUACACAUAGCUGCUGCAAAUAAAGCUGUAAAAUGUGCUGAAUCUUUGGUACCUCUUCUGAGUAAUGUGAACGUAUCGGAUCGAGCAGGAAGAACUGCAUUACAUCAUGCAGCUUUCAGUGGGCAUGGUGAGAUGGUCAAACUACUCUUGUCCAGAGGUGCCAAUAUUAAUGCUUUUGACAAGAAAGAUAGACGUGCAAUCCAUUGGGCAGCAUAUAUGGGUCACAUCGAAGUAGUGAAAUUACUUGUAUCUCAUGGAGCUGAAGUGACGUGUAAGGAUAAGAAGUCUUACACACCUCUUCAUGCAGCAGCCUCUAGUGGAAUGAUCAGUGUAGUCAAGUACCUUCUAGAUCUUGGAGUUGAUAUGAAUGAAGCAAAUGCCUAUGGAAACACAGCUCUUCACGUAGCCUGUUACAAUGGACAAGAUGUUGUCGUGAACGAGCUCGUAGACUGUGGUGCUAACGUAAACCAGAAGAACGAGAAAGGAUUCACUCCUUUGCACUUUGCUGCCGCGUCAACACAUGGAGCACUGUGUUUAGAACUUCUGGUUGGCAAUGGGGCUGAUGUCAACAUCAAGAGUAAAGAUGGAAAAACCCCACUGCAUAUGACCGCCCUCCACGGUAGAUUCUCCAGAUCACAGACCAUUAUCCAGAGUGGAGCUGUAAUUGACUGUGAAGAUAAGAAUGGAAAUACCCCUUUGCACAUAGCAGCCCGGUAUGGCCAUGAGCUGCUCAUCAACACUCUUAUUACAAGUGGUGCCGACACUGCGAAGCGUGGUAUACAUGGGAUGUUCCCGCUCCAUCUGGCAGCCUUAAGCGGCUUCUCAGACUGCUGCAGGAAACUCCUCUCCUCAGGAUUUGACAUAGACACCCCAGAUGAUUUUGGCAGGACCUGUCUCCAUGCAGCUGCAGCUGGAGGAAAUUUGGAGUGCCUAAACCUUCUGCUAAAUACUGGUGCAGACUUCAACAAAAAGGAUAAAUUUGGAAGAUCUCCACUGCACUAUGCUGCUGCCAACUGCAAUUACCAGUGCCUGUUUGCUCUUGUGGGAUCAGGAGCAAGUGUGAAUGACCUUGAUGAAAGAGGCUGCACGCCACUGCACUAUGCAGCUACGUCAGACACAGAUGGCAAGUGCCUGGAAUACUUACUAAGAAAUGAUGCAAAUCCCGGGAUCCGGGACAAGCAAGGAUACAAUGCAGUUCAUUACUCAGCUGCAUAUGGCCACCGUCUGUGUCUUCAGCUGAUUGCAAGUGAAACUCCUUUAGAUGUUUUAAUGGAAACCUCGGGAACAGACAUGUUGAGUGAUUCAGAUAAUAGAGCAACAAUAAGUCCUUUACAUUUGGCUGCUUAUCAUGGUCAUCACCAAGCACUGGAAGUGUUGGUACAGUCUUUGUUAGAUCUUGAUGUAAGAAAUAGUAGUGGUAGAACACCCUUAGACCUUGCAGCAUUUAAGGGCCAUGUUGAGUGUGUGGAUGUACUCAUUAAUCAGGGAGCGUCAAUCCUCGUAAAAGACUACGUUUUGAAGAGAACACCUAUUCAUGCAGCAGCAACAAAUGGUCACUCAGAAUGCUUACGGUUAUUAAUAGGAAAUGCAGAACCACAGAAUGCAGUAGAUAUUCAAGAUGGAAAUGGGCAGACACCUCUUAUGCUGUCUGUUCUCAACGGGCACACGGACUGUGUGUAUUCACUACUGAACAAAGGAGCAAAUGUAGAUGCCAAAGAUAAGUGGGGAAGGACAGCAUUGCAUAGAGGGGCAGUUACAGGCCAUGAAGAAUGUGUAGAUGCAUUACUUCAACAUGGUGCUAAGUGUUUACUACGGGACAGCAGGGGCCGGACACCUAUACAUUUGUCAGCUGCCUGUGGACACAUUGGAGUUCUUGGAGCCCUUUUGCAGUCAGCAGCAUCUGUGGAUGCAAAUCCAGCCAUAGUAGACAAUCAUGGGUAUACAGCACUUCACUGGGCUUGCUACAAUGGUCAUGAGACAUGUGUGGAACUACUUUUAGAACAGGAUGUUUUCCAGAAAAUAGAUGGAAAUGCUUUCAGUCCAUUGCACUGUGCUGUGAUUAAUGACAAUGAAGGUGCUGCUGAGAUGCUUAUUGACACCUUAGGAGCCAGCAUUGUGAAUGCCACAGAUUCAAAGGGAAGAACUCCUCUCCAUGCUGCUGCCUUCACAGACCAUGUAGAGUGUUUACAGCUGCUGCUCAGCCAUAAUGCUCAAGUCAAUUCUGUGGACUCUACUGGAAAAACACCUCUCAUGAUGGCUGCGGAAAACGGGCAAACCAAUACAGUUGAGAUGCUGGUUAGCAGUGCCAGUGCAGAUCUGACCUUACAAGAUAAGAGUAAAAACACCGCCCUUCAUUUGGCUUGCGGCAAGGGUCAUGAAACUAGUGCCUUGUUAAUACUGGAAAAGAUAACAGAUAGAAACCUCAUCAAUGCAACCAACGCAGCCUUGCAAACACCCCUGCAUGUUGCCGCCCGGAACGGGCUAACAGUGGUUGUCCAGGAGCUGCUGGGGAAAGGGGCGAGUGUACUGGCCGUCGAUGAAAACGGUUAUACCCCAGCUUUGGCCUGUGCUCCUAAUAAAGAUGUGGCUGACUGCCUGGCUCUCAUUUUGGCCACCAUGAUGCCUGUCUCAUCAAGUAGUCCGUUGUCAUCCCUGACAUUCAAUGCCAUUAACCGUUAUACCAACACCUCAAAAACAGUUAGCUUUGAAGCCUUGCCCAUCAUGAGGAGUGAACCUAGCACCUACUGCAGUUUCAACAACAUUGGUGGGGAACAGGGGUACGCGUACACUGAUGUGGACGAGCUCAACGACUCUGAUUCUGAGACCUACUGAAAGGCUGAGCCUGGACCUCUGUGGAAGCUCUGACACUGAAACUUCAAACCAGCUUUUUCAGGAAAAAAGCACUUUUCUUACUCAGACACAGAUUCAACCUGAAGAAAGAUCACGCAGUGAACAAAUAGAAGUAUUGUGAUGACAUUAGGAAGAAGACUCUUAAAGGCAAGUUUUGCAAAAGGAACUUCUAGAAUCUUAAUAAUGACUUGACCAGUGGAAAACACAUUGAUGUCAGUUGCUUUGUGGGACUGUUUUAAUUGGCUUUGCAGUGCCAGAAAUUGGGACAGUGCUCCCUGACCUGCUUAUGUGGGCAACACUGCUGUAAAGGAAGAGAUAAAAACACUAGGUUAAAAUUUACCCAUAAAAUUAGAGCUAAAUUUAAAUGCAAUAAAAGUUUGAUAUAAUAGGCAUUAUGUUACACACCAAAUUGCCAUGGACCAAAUAACGUACAGAUUUUUUUAUUAGAACUCCAUUUUGUGGAAAUGGAAAUAGGUGGAAUGAGACAGCUUCUAAAGCAAACUUCAAUACUUCUGAAAAUAAAGCUAAGAUUUGAUUUGAUGUUGAUUUUUAUUAAGAAAACAUCUGAAAGCCUUUCAGUACUGUAUUGAACCAUGAGAAAAAGCAGAUGUAUUUUUACAUUUUUAUAUAAAAGAUCUUAAAUUACAGUUUUUAUAGAAUUCAAGACCAGAUGACUAGGUGCAGUGUGGGUAAAAGUACUUGUGACAGAGAUGUAGAUUAGGUCAGGGCUGUUGCCCACUUUUGAGUGGUUUGGUUUUAAAUUGAACUAUUUUUGUUUAAGGGAUUCCAUGAAGGAAAUUUUUUAUGAAAUUAAAAACAGAUUAUUUUACCUAUUGUAAUGUAGUGACCCUGGGGAGUGGGACUGUCCGAGCCUCUACUUGGGGGGCACACGUUCAUCACUUUUAGGUGACUUUGGGGUCUCUACAUUUGGGCUGGAGGAUUUUUACUGUUAUUUAUUUUAAUCUUAACUUUGCCAAGCAAGAAUCAAAAUAAAAAAAUGUUUAAAGACUCUUGUUACAAGACAUUAUCUAAAACUAGUUUUGAAUUCUAUACAAACUGGAAUUUUAAGCAUUUUUAUGUAAAAGAAAACAAUGUAAAAAUACAUCUGCUUUCUCUCAUGGUUUAUGACAGUACUGUAAGGCAUUCAGCUCUUUCUUUUUUUCUUUUCUUUUUUUCUUUUUUUUAACAGGAUCUUUCUGUGUAGUCCUGGCUAUCCUGGAACUCACUCUGUAGACCAGGCUGGUCUUGAACUCUCAGGGAUCCACCUGCCUUUGCCUCUCUGAGUGCUGGGGUUAAAGGUGUGUGCCACCAACACCUGGCUUCAGAUAUUUUCUUCAUAAAAGUCAACAUUAAACCAUUUGACUUCAUUUUCAGAAGUAUUGAGGUUUGUUUUUGAUGAUGAGUCAUAACAAACAGAAUCAGGUUACUUGGAAGGCAUUUCUGUGUUGGGCGAGAGUUAAAAUACUACAGGCUUUAGGUUCUGCUCAGAUCUAGAGCACCACUGUCGGAGAGAGAUUGCCUGCCAAACUGAAGAUGGCCUUUCAGGUAGUAGAGAAGAGGCUGACAUGAGGCUUUUAAAGAACACUCUUCUGUGCUUCUGUGUGUACUCUUAAGUGUCACUUUCCCGUAGAAUGAGUUCACACGGGAGGUCUCACGAGAGCUGGGUAAAGUUCCAUCCAUUGCAACAAACGAUACUCAGUUUCAUCUUAACCUUUUUGUAUUGUGAAACUGGACCUUUAUGACAUUGUAAAUUAUCAGCUGGUUUUUCUGAAUAUAAAGUGUGAAAACACAGAACAGUAUUUUGGUCUACUUGAUAAUUUUGGGGUUUUGGAGAAUUAAUGAGCAUGUACAUAGAAAUAGUGACUGCUUGAAUACUGUAUUUACCUGCACUCUUUCAGCACAUCAAGAUUCCUGUAUAUUUUAGAGUAUAAUAAAACACAGAUGUGAGUUGUAUUUAAUGAAUAA